CCAUGCAAAAUGGGGUGAUCAGUCAUUUCGCAUAAUGAACUAUAAAUAAAACCAAACAGUGGCAAGUGUACAAAUAAGCAAGCUAGCCAUUAUUAAGUUCUGGUGGCCAACUGAAAUACUAACUUUAGAGGUGGUGGUUAUAGUUCCCCCCACCCCCAUCCCCAACAAGGCCUCCACCAUUUCCUAUGGGGAGAUCUCCUUGUUGUGAUGAGCAUGGCCUCAAGAAGGGGCCAUGGACCCCUGAAGAGGACCAGAAGCUUGUUGAUUUCAUCCAAAAGCAUGGCCAUGGGAGCUGGAGAGCCCUUCCUAAGCUUGCUGGGCUCAAUAGAUGUGGCAAGAGUUGCAGGCUAAGAUGGACCAACUACUUGAGGCCCGAUAUUAAGAGAGGCAAGUUUUCUGCUGAGGAAGAGCAGACCAUCCUCAACCUGCACUCGAUCCUUGGCAACAAGUGGUCGGCGAUCGCAACGCACCUGCCAGGUCGGACGGACAACGAGAUCAAGAACUUUUGGAACACGCACCUCAAGAAGAGGCUGAUCCAGAUGGGGAUCGACCCGAUGACCCACCGGCCCAGGACCGACUUCUUCGCCACCCUCCCCCAGCUCCUGGCCCUUGCCAAUCUCCAUGAGCUCGUGGACCACCGCCCGUGGGACGACCACGCAGCCCGGCUCCAGACAGAGGCCACCACGCAGGCGGUGAAGCUCCAGUGCUUACAGUACCUCCUUCAAACGGCGGCUGCAGUGACUGCGACCUCUGCCGCCACCAAUAACCUCAGCGGUGUCGCUGCUACCAGCGAGUCGGAACCUCUAAGCCUCUGGAGCACUCCGCAGCUCCUCUCUUCCCAAAGCCAAGUUGGUAAUGAGAUCACAGAUGAGUUUGGGAUCCCGUGUUCAUCAAUGUUGGAGCAGCUCGUGAACAAUGACGAGGCCCAUGACCUAGGUUAUAAUCGUGGUGAUCAUUUUGGACAAGGAGAGAACGGCACAAUAAGAACGCCAUUGUUAUCCCAGUGCUCACUCCCUCCACUCACAGAUGUCUCCUCUUUGAACCCUGGGGAUGCUUGUAGUACUUUUGCUUCGCCUGAUCAGCUUUUCUUUGAUGAACCGUUCAUCAUCGAGUUUCCUUGAGUUUUAUUUACGUAUAUAUAUUGUAUGCAAUAGCUAUUUAUUAUACUUUUUUUCAAAAUUCUGUUGCUGCGUGCGCCCAUGCAUUGCUAACAACUCAUAUAAACGCAAUGCUUUUUUUUUUUUUUAACAGAUACUUGUAUAUAUGUAAACACACACUUGUUCCUAUAUAUAUACACGUAGAAUGGCUUGGAUUUGAGUGGACAUUUGUAUUUA